AUGGAAGAAGAAAUUCGCGUACAAGUACAAGACCGUCACUCGAUAGAACAAGUUUUACGUCCGAUAGCGUAUUUCUCCUGGCUUCUAGGCGUUGGUGUGGCAUGUCCGCGAAAAUGUCCCAAAGCCGUUACGGUAAUUCUACGGACGCUUCACUUCGGGGUGUGUUCCGUUAUCGUGGUGUACGGCGCGAUAGAUUUCUUCACCUUCGGCAGUGUCUUCAAGAGCGACAUAUUCAAGAUCAUGUACUAUACGAACAAGGUGGUGUGUUACGUGGCCGCGUAUUAUUACGUUCUUCACGGCAUCGGGCGUUACAACACGUGGCCGGAGUUGAUGAGCAGACUGAAGAGCCUCGAUGAGAAGAUCAGAAGAGAAACGGAUCUGAACGAUCGACCCGUAAAAAUUGUUCAAGUACUGGCCGUCCUCACGACUCUCACUUGCGGCCCUUUGUUUCUAAUUAUACACUCUUUGUAUUAUUACUUCACGUGUCCCGAUGAUAUCUUCGCAUCCGAUUUGCUGCUUUAUUACACGAUAGCUCAGUCCUUGAUCAAUAGCUUCGUCUUUGAUGUUGUCAUCUAUGUGUUGUAUCACAGAUUCGAGACGAUAAACGAAUUGAUUGGACAAUUGGACGAGAGAUUCGACGCCCCGUGGAUAGCGCACAAACUUAGACGCAUCAGGGAGUUACAUAUCGGAAUCUGCGACGUGAUCACAAUGGUAAACGAUAUUUACGGUUUUCAUCUUCUCUUUUGUUCGGCUAACUGCUUCACCAUGGUUGUGGCCACGCUGUUUAGAAUUUACAUGAGCGUUGUUGAGAAAAACUACGCGUUUAUGCUGAUAAAUAAUAUUCUUUGGAUUCUGUACACCGCGCAAUUCGGCCUGAUGUGUUGGGUUUGUACACUCGCGCGUCGCGAAUCCGAUAACACCGGAAUAAUCAUAUACGGAAUUGUGUUAAAUUGGAAAUCUGCGUGUCUUGGAAAACGAAAUAGCGUCAAGUAUCAACAAAAUCUAGAAUUGUCACUGAACAGCGAGCAAAAUUCUAAUCGAAGUAGCGGCUACAAUCUAAGUUACGUCGUUAUGGAAAACUUAUUACGCAAAAACUUAAACCGAGAUUGCGUCAGAAAGGAAGUCAAUGAUUUUUCGAUUCAGCUUCAACAGCAUCGCGUGGCAUUUACGGCUCGUGAUCUUUUCGAAAUGAACAAUGCUCUGCUUAGUGGGUUUGUCGGCGUAAUUACUACCUACUUGAUCAUUCUCGUGCAAUUUUAUCGACCGGAAAAUCUGAACGCUUAA